GUAUUAUUUAGUGCAACAAAGUGAACACAAGAAAACAAAAUAAGUUUUCCCUUGAAUUUAAUAAUCUGUUGUAAACUAAGAGUUUUUAAGUGUUCAUCAAAUGGCAACUGAAGAAGAACAGCUCAGCCAGGUAAUAUUGCCGGUCAAAGAGCCGCUGGACCUAAUUCGCCUCAGCCUGGACGAGAAGGUGUACGUAAAAAUGCGCAACGAGCGGGAACUAAGAGGACGAUUGCACGCCUUUGACCAGCACUUAAAUAUGGUUCUAGGCGAUGCCGAGGAAACGGUAACCACCGUUGAAAUCGAUGAGGAAACCUACGAGGAGGUGUACAAGACCACAAAGCGCACCAUACCCAUGCUGUUCGUACGAGGAGACGGCGUCAUAUUGGUCUCGCCGCCCAUGCGGGUGGGCUAGGUGUCGCCGGGAGUAAAUGAACUGGUUGUUAAAUAGGAACGCUGCAUUUUUGCAAAUUGUAUUAGGAUUGCUUCAAAUAAAGUGCUACAAAUUGUGUCUCAUUA